GAGGAGGACAAGAAGAAGAAGAAGAAGAAGAAGGAUAAAAAGAAGAAGAAAGGCUCGGACAGCGACGAAGACAAGAAAGCCAAGAAGAAAAAGUCUAAGGUCAAGCAGGUGGAUUUUGCAGAACUCUAUCAGGAGGAGCUGAUCAACUAUCACACCGAGGAAUCAGACGAUCAGGAAGAUGAAUACAACAAAAAGAAAGUGUAUGAGGUGGUGACUGUGACAGGAGAUGUUAAAGGUGCCGGGACCGAUGCUAAUGUGUUCGUCACCUUGUUUGGAGAGUUCGGAGUGUCCCCCAAAGUUCACCUGGCCAGCAACACAGAAAAGAGGAGCCGAACAGCCUUCGAAAAGAACAAGACAGAUGUGUUUCGCAUCAAAACACACAAUGUUGGGCCUAUAAAGAAACUUAGAAUUGAACAUGAUAACACGGGUAUGAGUGCCAGCUGGUUCCUCGACCGGGUCAUCGUGACUGACAUGAAUAGGCCACACCUCCGCUUCUUUUACGCCUGCAACAAUUGGCUGAGCAGAGAAGAGGGGGAUGGAUUAACUGUUCGAUAUCUGCUUGGCAGUCUAAACCCCAUGGAUAUCCCAAAACAGAACAAGUACAUUGCCAGUGUCUUCACAAUGGAUGCUAAAGGCAGUGGGACUGAUGCUGAUGUUUAUUUAAAUAUUUUUGGAGAGUUUGGGGAUACAGGAGAGCGGAAGCUGGUCAGUGAAGGAAAAGACAAUUUUGAGCGUGGAAACGAAGACAAAUUUACCAUUGAGGCACCAAAUCUUGGCAGAUUAAGAAAAAUCACCAUCGGACACAACAACAAGGGGUCUUCUGCUGGCUGGGCCUGUGAUAAAGUGAUAAUAGAUGACAUGGGGAAUAAAGAGGUUUAUGAGUUUCCUGUUGACGCCUGGUUUGACAUAUCAGAAGGGGACGGAAAAAUACAAAGAGAUGUGCUUGCUGGUGCCACACAACCAAUGGCGAUAGUGUAUAAUGUACAGGUGAUGACGGGAGACAUCCGUGGAGCGGGCACUAACUCUAAGAUCCACCUAGUAAUGCACGGCCAUAAAGGCAACAAGAACAGUGGUAAGCUGUUCCUGGAAGGCGGCACGUUUGAGCGCGCUCAGAUCGACAUCUUCAAUGUGGAGCUGCUGGAGCUGCUCAGUCCGCUCAGCAGAGUUACCAUCGGCCACGACAAUGCUGGCAUCAACUGCGGCUGGUACUGCGAGAAGGUGACGGUGUACUGCCCGUUCACAGGUUUAGAGCAGGUGUUUCCCUGUGGCCGCUGGUUUGAUGAAGACGAGGGCGAUGGACUGGUGGAGCGGGAACUCUAUGAGAUGGUCUCGCUCAGACAGAAAAAACAAAAGAAAUUCCCCUGGUCUCUGUGGAUCUUCACGUCAGACAUUAAAGGUGCCGGCACGGAUGCUCAGGUGUUUCUGCAGGUCUACGGAGAAAACGGCAAGAGCGAUCAAUUCAAACUCGAGAGCAAAUCAGACAGUUUUGAACAGGCACAGUGCGACAAGUUCAUUAUUGAGAUGCCUGAUAUCGGGAAGAUCCGCAAGCUGAGAAUCUGGCACGAAAAGAGGAAUCCUUUCUCUGGCUGGCAUCUUGGCAGGGUGACACUGAUGAAGACCCUUACCAGAGAGAAAUACUCAUUUGUCUGUAACCGUUGGCUGGACAUCAAUGAAGAUGACCAGGAGAUCAUCAGAGAACUGCCAGCCGAAGGAAAACUUGUGGCCGAACCUUUACCACUUCUUAAGUAUCGUGUGACUAUAUGUACGGGAAAUGUGAGUGGAAGUGGGACAGACGCCAGUGUUUAUUUAAACAUCAUUGGAGACCUGGGAGACACCGGAGAACGCCUGAUGUUCAUGAGCAAAAACAACGUCAACAAGUUUGAGAAAGGAAACGCUGAUGAGUUCCUGGUAGAGGCGGUGACUCUGGGGCAGAUCAGGAGGGUGCGCAUUGGUCAUGACGGACGAGGCGGAGGCUGUGGUUGGUUCCUAGAUAAGGUGAUGGUCAGAGAAGAGGGACAGCCUGAAGCCUCAUCUAUCGAGUUCCCAUGUUACAGGCAAGACUACUAA